AUGGCUGAUAGAUCGAUAAAACGGCCAGUUGGGGUGGUUGAUGAUGUUCUCGUUCGAACUGGGGAAUUCCUUCUUCCGAUAGAUUUCGUGAUUCUUGACUGUGAUGUUGAUCAAGAAAUUCCUAUUAUUCUAGGGAGACCUUUCCUUGGUACAGUGAGGGCUCUUAUGGAUUCAGAAAAGAAUGAGAUCAAAUUCCGGGUUAAUGAUGAGGAGUUCAAGAUGGAAGAAGAAUGCUUGGGUGAAGCAUUAUCAGCCAUCUUGAUAAAUUUCAAUGCAAAAGAGAUGGAGAGAUAUAUUGGGACGAAGGGCCAGACUCAAAGACUCCUCGCAGUCUUGAGGAAACAUUUGAGGGCCUUGGGUUGGACUAUUGCAGACAUCCGGGGGAUUCCCUAUGAAAUUUGUGAGCACCGGAUUCAAUUGGAAGAGAAAAGUUCACCAAGUGUUGAGCAUCAGAGAAGAUUGAAUCCACCGAUGAAAGAGGUGGUAAACAAAGAGAUUAUUAAGUGGCUAGAUGCUGGGGUGGUUUACCCGAUUGCCAAUAGUCCAUGGGACCAUUUCCCUAUGCCUUUUAUUGAUCAAAUGCUUGAUCGGCUAGCCGGAAGGUCUUAUUAUUGUUUCUUGGGAUACAAUCAAAUCGACAUUGCAUUGGAAGACCAAGAAAAGACUACUUUCACUUGUCCCUAUAGGACAUUCGCUUUCAGCCGAAUACCAUUUGGUCUUUGCAAUGCCCUAGCUACCUUCCAGCGAUGUAUGAUGUCCAUAUUCUCUAAUAUGGUUGAAAACUUUCUUGAAGUCUUUAUGGAUGAUUUCUCUGUUGUGGGAGAUUCAUUCAAUGAAUGUUUAGACCAUCUUGAUUGGGUGCUACAAAGGUGUAAGGAGACAAACCUAGUUCUUAACUGGGAAAAGUGUCAUUUUAUGGUAAAGGAAGAAAUUGUCCUUGGCCAUAAGAUUUUCGAGAAAGGGAUUGAAGUCGACCAAGCCAAGAUCGAUGUGAUUUCAAAACUCCCCUCCCAUCUCGCUAAAGGGGUUCGAGUUUCGGGCAGGCCGGAUUUUAUAGAAGAUUCAUCAAAGUCUUCUCAAAGAUUGCGAAUCUAA